GGAGAUCGCUAGUGCUAUCAAAAAGCUUCUAGAUUGUGUAACGGUUGUCUUGGGCUUGCUUCCUUCUGGUAAUCAUAGUAAAAGCUUAGAAGAGCAAAAGCGCAAGUUUGUUUAUUAUUCUAGGAAGUUCAGUACGACCCUAAGGCUCUUCUUCAAGGACAACAAUCCUGGUGACGUCUUCAGCAGCGCCAAUCUUCUGGUUAACCAAACAAACCUAAUAUUAUUUGUUAUUCGUGACCUAGGCUGA